GUGAUCCCGGAUAGGCAACAAGGGAGAAACUGGUAUUGACAAGUUCGAUGGUUCCAUAAAAAUGGGCACAGGAUUCAGCGCCCAGGACAUCAUUAGGUGCCAGCUCUGUGAUACACCUGCGCCGAAACUAUACUGUGACCUCUGUCACGUUCACUUAUGCGCUGUAUGUGCCGGGAAACAUCUUUUGGAUGAAUCCAAAGAACAUAAGAUAGUGUCAAUCAAGAACAGAAGUUCUAAUCCUACUUGUCCGAAAUGUCUGACACAUACCUCAAAACAAUGUAAACUCCGCUGUGAAAAAUGUGAAAUUCCUAUUUGUGACCUUUGUGUUUCAUCCAAAACACAUCGUACACAUGACGUAGUUGAACUUUUUGAGUUUUUCAAAAGCAAGAAAGAAGUUAUACAAAAAGAUCUUCAAGAGCUAGAAAAAUCCAUUUAUCCCUUGUAUAAAGAAGUAGAAUCUAAAAUCCCAGUUCAAAAAUCUUAUUUGAUUAAGAAUUCACAAAAAUUAACAGCUACUCUUAAUAAACGUGGGGAAGACAUGCACAGAGAAAUAGACAACAUAAUAUAUAAAAUGAAAUCUGAAAUUUUUGAAUUGGAAGAAAAGUACCUUAAUAUCCUUCAAAAGCAAGAAGAUGAAAUUACACAUAACAUUUCAGAAAUCACUCAGAAAAUUGACAAACUGCGGAAAUUACUGGACUCCAAUGAUAUAUGCCUUGUGUCUAAUUAUAAAUCCAGGCAUUUUGAAUUCAUAAAACUGCCUCCUUUGCUAAACAUAUCUUUACCAACAAUUUCUUCUGCUAAAAUGAACACCGAGGUGCUGCUCGAACAAAUCGGUAAUCUGUCAGCCCCCUACGUGUACAAAAAGAUCUUUAAGAGCUAGAAAAAUCCAUUUAUCCCUUGUAUAAAGAAGUAGAAUCUAAAAUCCCAGUUCAAAAAUCUUAUUUGAUUAAGAAUUCACAAAAAUUAACAGCUACUCUUAAUAAACGUGGGGAAGACAUGCACAGAGAAAUAGACAACAUAAUAUAUAAAAUGAAAUCUGAAAUUUUUGAAUUGGAAGAAAAGUACCUUAAUAUCCUUCAAAAGCAAGAAGAUGAAAUUACACAUAACAUUUCAGAAAUCACUCAGAAAAUUGACAAACUGCGGAAAUUACUGGACUCCAAUGAUAUAUGCCUUGUGUCUAAUUAUAAAUCCAGGCAUUUUGAAUUCAUAAAACUGCCUCCUUUGCUAAACAUAUCUUUACCAACAAUUUCUUCUGCUAAAAUGAACACCGAGGUGCUGCUCGAACAAAUCGGUAAUCUGUCAGCCCCCUACGUGACAAUUCAGGACUGUGUCUACACCACUGAUUUUGGGUUCUCAAGCAAAGAAUUACUUCGUGCACCCCGAAUCAUUGAAUCUGUAUACACAGGAUAUAAAUAUCUAACCACUAUUACCUGUAUGAGUGAUAAACUGAUAUGGGCCAUUGGUAAUGAACACACAAUGAAACUCCACAACCUGCAUGGGCAGCGUCUAGAGUCAAUCAAAACCAAGUCAGGAAACAUGCCAGAAGACAUAACAAUUACAAAGAGUGGGAAUUUAGUUUACACUGAUCCCUGGGAUAGAUCAUUAAAUAUCGUGAAGAAUAAAACGAAACGAAAUGUGAUCAAGCUAAGAGAUUGGAUCCCUCUAAAAGUAUGCAGCACCUCCUCUAAUGACCUUUUGGUUAUCAUGCUAAAUGAUGAUUAUUAUGAAACAAAAGUCGUUCGUUAUUGUGGAUUCACAAAGAGACAGACAAUUCAGUACAAUGAAAAGGGCCAGCCUCUCUAUUCAUCCAGCUCUCUCUUCAUGUACACAAAAUACAUUGUUGAAAAUAAAAACCAAGAUAUAUGUGUAGCUGACAAUGGAGCUCGUUCAGUGGUAGUAGUAAAUAAGGCCGGAAAACUCAGAUUUACUUAUACAGGGUUUUCUUCUACUUUAAACAAAUUAUUUGAUCCAGUCGGCAUCACAUCAGACAGCCAGGGGCGGAUCUUGAUAUCAGACUGGUACAAUUGCAUUGUUCACAUCCUAGAUCAGAAUGGACAGUUUCUCCGCUACAUUAACAAUUGUGAUUUACUAUAUCCACACAGCAUCUGUGUAGACUCUAGAGACAACCUCUUGGUGGCUGAAUAUGGAACAGGUAUAAUGAAGAAGAUCCGAUAUUAUAAGUGAACGGACUUCAACUUAUAAAUAAACGGACUUCAUCUCAGAUUUCAAAGAUAUCAAAAAAUCUUAUAUAUCAUGCAUCUGUUUUGUGUGUGUGUGUGUGUGUUGUUGUUUUUUUUUUUACAUUUUUAAUAGAUGUUUUCAAUGUUGGUUUACUACUAUAUGUAAAGUUCAACUCAAAUCCACCACAGUCAGUUGUUUCACAUCUGUAAUUCCCACGUCUU